GGUUGGGGAGAGCAAAUCGCCUCCCUUGGCCCCCUGAGAUCAGCCUGACACGGAUGGCAAACGCAGAGGUGUAGAGAAAGCCCUGCCUUGCUUUCUCUAGGCAGAGCUCACUAGGCAGAUAGGAACCUGGUGAACAGAGAGGCUACACCACCCCGGACAAAAGAAUGAUGUAAAAAGGAUACCUGAGUGAGUGAAAUCGAGAAGGGCCCUCUACAACUCGCCAAUAUCUGCACCCAUCUAACUGUCCUGAAGCCAUGGCAGCUGGAAACGCAAAGGUUUCUUGCACAGCGAGAGCAGGGGUUUGGCUGUGGCUGACUAUCUGCAGUCUCACUGCUUUCUGCACCCUCCCAGUGCAUGGCCAAGACUACUCUGGGUACCACUCAGGAGAUGAACAUGUCUAUGAAGGCUCAGUGGUUGACUCCUAUGAAGAACACUCUGGAUACCACCGUCCAGACGAGUACCCCGAGGAGCCAACGCCAGGGUAUGAGGAGCACACAGCCUCGGGAUACUACCCCCCUCCCCAGCCCACCCCCGGGGUGACCAUGAUCACAGAGGAAGAGUACCCCUAUGCCACCACCACUGAGUCCUACCACUACGCUAAAGAAGUCACCACCAUGACCACCAGAGUGCCCUACGAGUAUCCCACUACCACACCCUCACCAUUCGAGGAAGCAUUCCCAGCCCCUGAUGUCUACGAUGAUGAAGGAACGGACAUAUUGACGGAGCUGAGAGUCUCCAGUGCUGUAGGGGUGAACGUGGUCCCAGGAACGCAGCCAGACCGGACUGCCUACCGCCUGAGCCCUCGAGCGCAGGCCAGGCGCGAGACGAGGCUGGUGCAGCCUCAGGGCUUCCCUGAGGAGUUCUCGGUGGUCUCCACAUUCCGCAUGCGGGAGGAGACCCCCCAGGAGGUGUGGAACCUGCUGCAGGUGAAGGACAGACAGGGGGGCAACCAGUUCCACAUCCGGCUCUACGGAGAGAUCGACGCUGUCGACGUCUACAGCGCCGCGGCGGCCGGCGAGGAGAAGGUCGCCACGUUUGAGAACGUGGGCCAGCUCUUUGAUGGCAGUUGGCACAAGCUGGCCCUCAGCGCCCAGAGGAACCAGCUGACAUUGUACCUUGACUGCCAGCAGGUGGGCAGCACCCCUUUCAGUCGCUAUGGCUCCAUCCGAACAGACGGACUGACCUCCAUAGGCACCAGGAGCAGGGACUCCGCCACCCUACCAGUAGAUUUCCAGCAACUGCAGAUCUACAGGGAUGCCAACAGGGCUGGGGACAUACCCUGCUGUGACAUCCCUGGCACGGCAGAUGAAAGGUGUGCCAUACUGGGAGCCGAGACUGGCCCCACAGACUGUGACUGUAAGCCUGGGGAGCCUGGUUUUGCUGGCUUUGCUGGACCAAAAGGCGAUAAAGGAGAACAGGGUCAACGUGGAUUUCCUGGAGUGCAAGGCAGAGAGGGAUACAAGGGUUUUAAAGGGGCACCAGGAAGAAGGGGAGACACUGGCCCAGAGGGUGACUCUGGUCCUCAUGGGUCUGAUGGUCCUUCUGGGUUUUCAGGAGCCAUGGGGCUCCCAGGAUCUCCAGGGGACAGAGGCGACAUGGGUGGGUCAGGCUCAAAGGGUGAUAUUGGACUGCCAGGGCCUAUGGGAGAAGCAGGACCAAAGGGAAUAACUGGGGAGUCUGGUGAGCCAGGAUCACCUGGGCCAGCAGGGACCAAGGGUGAAAAGGGAUCCAUUGGACAACCUGGAAAACAAGGACAUAUAGGACCUGUGGGAGAGAAGGGUCAGAUAGGAGCACCUGGAUUUUCCGGAGACGUCGGAGAACAAGGAUACAUUGGAUAUCCUGGAAUCCCGGGAGAGAGGGGACAUUCUGGUGAAAAGGGACAGAAGGGUAUUGGGGGAAUGCCUGGCAGCGAUGGGGAGCCUGGAGAAGACGGUCCUCUGGGUGUCCCUGGAUUGAGUGGUCUGCCAGGAUCUUUUGGGAAAAAGGGUGAAAGAGGGGAUCCUGGACGCAGGGGACCGCCAGGGAGACAGGGUGCCCAGGGAGCCCGAGGAGACUCCGGAGAUCCAGGCACCCCAGGGAAGCCUGGACCCCAAGGUCUGAAAGGACAGCCCGGAGCUCAGGGAGAGACCGGUCCAGAUGGGAACAAGGGUGAGCGGGGAAGGAAAGGCAUCAAGGGAGAUAAAGGGGAGGAGGGAACCAAAGGAUCCAGAGGAGAUAAAGGACAGCAUGGAGAGAGGGGCUCUCUGGGCCCUGAUGGCCCAGUGGGACGCAGAGGCCCCCCAGGGAUCCCAGGCCCAAGGGGAGUUCCUGGUCCCAGUGGAGACGCCGGGGACGCAGGCCCAGCAGGGCCAAAGGGCGUGCAGGGGCCCCAGGGUCCAGGCUUGAGUGACGCACAGAUCUAUGAGUUGUGCCGAGGUGUGGUGACAGCGCAGAUCUCGCAGUAUGCAGUCUCCAUCCGCUCCAAGUGUGCCCAGGGCUGCCCCAUCAACAACAGGACACUGAUUGGCCCCCCUGGCGUCAGAGGACCACCUGGCUCAUCUGGGAAACCUGGGAAGGCAGGACGUACUGGGCUCAAAGGAGCCCAGGGGCUGAGAGGGCCAACUGGAUUGGAAGGUCAGAAGGGAGCAGUUGGAGAGAGAGGUCCAAAGGGCAAGAAAGGAGAGCGGGGUGAUCCGGGCAUGGGAUUGCCAGGACACGACGGACCUCAGGGGCUCCGAGGCUAUCCCGGCUACGCAGGACUUGCCAAAGAUGGAAUCACCGGCCUGGAGGGCCCACGUGGUUACUCUGGUCCUGUGGGUCAGUCCGGCUUGCCUGGGCCUCCAGGGGUGCCUGGGGUGUGUGAGGCUAGGGACUGCAGCAUCCACGCCCCUGUGGUGAGGAAGGAGCAGGGCCUGGUGAAGCACCCUUCCGCCUAACAAAAAGACUGACUGGGUGAAGGACCAAUUUACCUCACCGAUAGCUCAGGUGCGAGUUUUUCCAUCUCGGCCUGGAGGUGCUAGAAACAUCCUGCACCUUCCUGAAACUUCAGUCUGGCCACGGGUCUUGACAUUUUUCUUAGAAAUCACGAAUUUCAUCUUGUUCUUGAACCACCAAGACCGCGAAACAUCAUUCCACUCCGAAGAAGAAGGACCCCCUCCUUUAUCCCUCCACUACUAACCCUCUGACUCUGGUCACUAAAAUUCAUAUUUGAAUCUGAAAAUGUUUGUAAUUGUUUUAAAGCUAAUUAGAUUUUGAGCUAUUUAAAGAUGUUUUUCAUGCUAUUAGUAGUGCAAUGGUUAAGAGGAAAAUAAAAAAGAACUGUAAAUAAUAACUGUAAAGUAUCUUAAGUACACAAACCCAUCUUAAAAACACAAGUGUGUUUGGAUGUUUUCAGCAAUUUACAAACCAGCAAAAGAGAACUUUAUGAACCAUGUUUCUAAAAAAGAGAUUUAUCUGAAAUGAAGACUUCAAUUCUAGCAAGAAAACGAAAGGAUGAUUUGUUUAAGCCCAAAGAUGUAUUUGUUAGGAACAGUUGAGCAUAAUAGAUAUUAAUCAAUAUUACUGUCAGUCAUAGAUCAUUUUUGCUGAUUUGAUUAUAAGUCACAUAUUGUAUAUCUUGAUCAGAUAAAUUGAUUAAGAGCCAGCUUAGGCUGUCUUCAUUAAUGUCAUUUGGGUUUGUGUUAUAUGUCAUCUUUGAACAUUACAAAGGAGAACAAUAUAAACAAUAUAAAGGCAUCACAGUCGGAUCAGUUUGAGCCAGACACAUCAAAGUCCAGGUCAGGUUUCUGAAGGUUGGAUUUUAACAAUCACACCUUGUUUUAGCCUGUUUUGGGGUUUUGUUAUCAGUUAUAACUCCUUAAAUACUCAGCUUAAAGCUUUUUGACUGGGACCAACAUUACAAAACACUACCAUGGGUAAAAAGUAAUUUCUCACGUUUGUGACUCCAAUAAAUUCUACUGUAUUUCUACACUACAUAUUUGAUGUGAUUGUAUUACAUUUGUCACAAUAUUUAUUAAAAUGACACAAGGAGAAAUCCCA